AUGAUGAAAUGGAUUUCUCGAAAAUUAAAAUCAUAUUUUAAUGUAACGAACAGAGCAAUUCAAUAUAUUGAUAAAUCUCCUGCUUUUCAUCGCCCGCAGCGGAAUAAAAAAACACUCGAGUUGAUAGCUCAACGUGAAAAAAUAAAUAAUUUGUGGUACAAAGAGAAUGAUUCAGAAACUCUGGAUCUUAUUCAAAAGAUUAAAACUUUCGCAAUAUCAGCUGAAACGUUAAAUAAAAAUAAAAUUGUCAAUGUCGAUGUCAAUCAUGAAAACCCUGCCAAAGUUCCAGAUGGACGUCUUUCUGUAAUAAUGCUUGCAGAUUUGUUGAAUGAUUUUAAAAAGGAAUACCCCAAUGUUGAUUUCGAGGUAUUUUUAUAUACAUUGUAACUGAGUAGAAAUUGUCGAAAAAAUAUAAUGUUUCUCAGUCCUUAGUUCGUGA